UUUAUUUAAUUACAGCCUCAUGAAUUUGAUGAAUGUCGUUUUGAUGUAAGUGUCCAUGAUUGUGUAUGGUACCUACGAGCUGAGUCACCUGAAGAGAGAAAUCGGUGGGUGGACACAUUGAAUGCAUACAAGAUUGAUUCUGCAUAUGGUAGUGAAAACAGUCUCAGACGUCAUGGUUCUGCUGUGUCUGUCGGUUCUACUAGCCUUUCAAAUGCCAGUAUAUCAUCUUUUAAAAAAGCCCGUGGAUUAAGAGAAAAAUUGGCUGAAAUGGAAACAUUUAAGGAUAUUUUAUGUCGUCAAGUAGAUACUCUCCAGAGUUAUUUUGAUGUCUGUGCUGAGAUGCUAAAUGUUGAUGAGAGCCAUAAGGAUAAUGAUGUUCACAUGGAUGACAUUGAUGAAGAUUAUGAUGAAAGUGCUCGGGACAUAAUUGAGCAGCGAAAUCAUGAAUCUCCUGCUCAUCGUUUUAAAGGUCAUCCAGGUAUAAUUACCAAAGAACUACUUGCACAACAUGGAGCCCAUGCAAUAGAUUUCAAAGGUGAAGCCAUAACAUUUAAAGCUACUACAAGUGGUAUUCUUAAUACACUAUCACAUUGUAUUGAGUUAUUUUCUCAGAGAGAAGAAAGUUGGAAAAGGAGGUUAGAAAAGGAAGCUGACAAAAGGAGAAAAAUUGAAGAAGCCUAUAAACAAGCAUUAUCGGAAGUUAAAGCUAUACGACCUAUAGUUCUUGGUGGGCCAGAUUAUGAAGAAGGUCCUCAUUCUAUGAUCAAUGAAGAUGAAUUUUUUGAUGCAGUUGAUGCUGCUUUAGAUAAAAGUGAACAGCAAGAGGAGGAAAGGAGGCUGAUUCGAAGUUAUAAUAAAGAUGAAAAUCAUUCCAUGUCUCCUACAUCUGCCUCUCAUCAUCCCCUAUGGCCACAGAUAGAUCAUAUAACCUUAGAACAGUUGAAAUACGCAAAAAUGGGUGUAGGGGAAGGAGGGUGGCAACUUUUUGCUGAAGAUGGAGAAAUGCGAAUGUACCGGAGAGAAGUUGAAGAAGGGGGUAUUGUUUGUGAUCCAUUAAAAGCUGUUCAUACAGUAAAGGGUGUGACUGGUCAUGAAAUGUGUCAUUAUUUUUUUGCACCAGAAUAUCGCUUUGACUGGGAAACAACUGUUGAAAAUAUGAAAGUUGUAGAAGAAAUAGAUUCCAAAACUCUUAUUUUCCAUCAAAUACACAAAAGAGUGUGGCCUGCAACACAGAGAGAUGCUUUAUUUUGGUCACAUAUGAGGCAGGUUCCAAAUGAUGAAGAUAAGGAUGCCCAUGAUAUAUGGAUUGUUUGUAAUAAUUCAACAGAUCAUGAUGCUGCUCCUGUUGGGAAAUGUGUUCGUUUGGUAAUGACAGUAUCAUUAGUAUGCCAAACCUUUGUAGAUCCUCCAACAGAAAACCAAGAAAUCACUAGAGAUAAUUUGACAUGCCGAAUCACGUAUUGUUCCAGCAUUAAUCCAGGAGGCUGGGCUCCAGCAUCAGUUUUAAGAGCAGUGUAUAAGCGAGAAUAUCCAAAGUUCCUAAAGAGAUUCACUCAGUAUGUAAAAGAUAUGACAGAAACAAAGCCAAUAAUGUUUUAGAUGGGCUGUGUUAAAAAUAAUGUGCCUCAUUCUGUAUAAAGCUUGAUAAAGUGUUUUCUGUUUCAUUUUUACAGAAGUUUGAUCCAAGGAGUAAAAAUUUGAAAUCUGUCUGUAGUUAUGUGUUUCACUGUGAAAUGUAAAUAAAACUGUUUUUUAUUAUUUAUUCACAAAAAACUGUCUUUAAAUUAUAUUUGUGACACAGUAUUAUUUUUAACUUAGAAGGAAUUCAGAUUUCAAUAUUCUGUAAAAUUUUGUGAAAAAAUAUUCUUUUAUUUUACGGCAUUCUGAAAAAUGCUUGUGUAAAACAGUUUUUUUACUGCAGUGGUAAAAAAUUUUUUAUAAAUGCUCUUUUAGGUAAUAAUUACGAUCAUUUUUCACUCCUUGCCUGAACUUCUAUGUAUUGAUGUGAUUGCAUUUAUGAGAGUAACCCAUGCUCCAUAUAAAUGCCUUUAGAAAUUGUGACUUUGCCGCCAUCCAUACAAAGUAGCAUUCUAUUUUAAGAAGUGUUAAUAAGAGUGAUCGUUGAAAUUGACUUUUUUAAUGUUACAGGUAAAGGUGUUUAGAAUUUUUGAAUUAGAUAUACCAUUUUACUGAGCGGGUUAAAAAUAAAGUGAUUGUUAAGUCUUUUUUAAAGGAAAUUUGUUACUGUUAAGGCAACAAAUGUUGAUAAAGUUAAUGGAAGUUCUGAAACUUUAUCCUCAGUCAAGGAACACUUUCUAGAUGUGAAACUAUACCCUAUGUUUUUUCCUCACCCACCUGAAAUAUAAGAAAAAGCUUUGCAUAAAAUUGUGCAUCUCUUUAUUGUGUGCAAAUAAUUUUUGUGAAAAACAAAUGGUAAUUUUUUUAGUGCUUUUAUAUUUUAGGCCAUACCUUUUUAAAUGAAGAAACAGACCAAUACUUUGAAUGCAUGUAUUAUGCCAUGUAAUCAUCUUCUAUCAUAUUCUACUGGAGAUUAUCCUUAAAGAAUUUAUUUAAAGCCAAAUUUUGCUCUCAAUUUUGUAAACUGUCCUUUUGUAUUAUUCCUUCAGUACAUCAUAUUACCUUCUUCAUUCUCCCUUCUUUUUUACAGUAAGGCACUUCUCAUUUAGGCAUUUUUGUAUGUAAUAAUUUAGCAUUAGAGCACAUGGUAUAUACAUUUUUUACUGAAUGAAAUAUAUUGUAAAAAGAAUGUGAAUUCUCCAGCUUAUACAUAUAUUUGUACUUUUUGUAAACAAGUUCCUUAAAUAUGGUCUAGUUGAAUAGUUAGUUAACUUUUUAAAAUAGAAAUUUAAAAUUUUUGGAAGUGUAUUGUUCUUUCCAUGUUAUCUAUGAGAAGGUGAAGUUUAUUCUAAAUCUUGCUAUAUAUGUAUUGUUUGUUAUUUCACAGUUAGAAAUGCAAAAUUGUAAAAUGUGUUUUUUGUCCUCUUUAUUAGCUUUUCGCUUUUUAAGAAAAGCUUGAAAAAUAUUAAAUUGUAAAUUACUGUAAAUUUUUAGUACAUAAUGCACUAAUCGAAAUGCGAUGUUUUUAUUGCAUUAGAAGUCAAUUUAAAUUGUAAAUUAUUCUUGUACAGUUAUGAAUUUUCAUUGACAUUUACUGAGUUUGGUUGAAUGUCUGUUCUGUUUAUAUCUUUUGUAUAUUUAUUUUAUAUCUGUAUAUGAAUGCCAAAAUUUUUAUUUUCAUAUUUAUUUUUUAAUGUGGUGUUCUCCUUAUUUAAAGAAUAAGGUUUUGCUUGAAAGUUGUUCCGUUGUGAUGAGAAUAAAAGCUUUUUAUAAAUCACAUAUUUUUAUUAUUCUGAAGAUUUGAGUAAAAUAAUCAAUAGUUACUUUAAAUAUAGUACUUUCUAAGAUUUAGUACAGUUGCUAUUGUUGGUAAUUGUUCCUUUUCUUUUACUAUAUUAGGACCAGCCAUUAUAAAACAUACACUUUAUUUUCUUCAUUGUAAUUUAGCUGGACUCUUAAUAAUAAUUUGAUUUUUUUUAUGUAAAGUUAUAUAAAAAAUCAAAAUCUUUUAUACUCUUUAUCUCAAUUAUAAAAUUUAUUUUUGAGUCAAUUAUAAAGUUAAACUAAGCAUUUCAUAGACAUCCAUAAUCUUUGAUAAAGGCAUUGUGAAGCAUAAUAUGAAGUAUUUUUUUAAUUUUUUUCAUAUAUUAGACUUCAAAGGCAAAAAUAUUAUUUUAUGUGCUAUAUUUUAAAAAGAUACUGGAAAAUGUCAUAGAAAUUCAAAAUUUCUUGAUUUGUUUCUCAAAAUGUUAUGCAAUUUUGUUAGUCAUAUUUUUGCAUGCAAGUAGUUUUUAUGAACAUAUGUGAGUAUUUGUGAUUCCAAUAAAUAUGUUAUUUUUUCCUUAUAUUUCUAAAAUAUUAAUAAAAGUAAUUCUUCUCCAAAUUUUGUAAAUCAGUAAUACAACAAUUUUAUAAAAAUUAUCUAGGCAUGAAAACACUUUUUCAUUGCUUUUAAUGUUCAAUUUAGAAUUUAUAGUGGUUUCUAAUAAUGGAAUUUUCCUUGUAACAUCUUUCAGUGACCGACCAUUUUUUUUAACAUUCCAGUUUUUUUGGGGGGGGGAGUGAACAUUUUGCUUUCAAAGUAAUCAUAUUGCUUAAAAGGCAGUCGCAAGUUCAAAUUUUUGUGUACCAGAUUGAAAAAUUGAAUCAUCUUUUAGUGUUUUAGUCAAUAAACUGUGGUGUUAUUUAAAA